GUGUCGUCACCGUCGCCAUGGUCGUCACGGUCGCCACCGUCGCCACCGCCGUCACAGCGCCCGCCCGCACCGAUAAAACCGCGGGGAGCCGGGCGGGCGGGCGGGCGAGAGGCGCCAGCGCCGGGGCCGUGACGGUGACAACGGUGACGCCGGCCGGGGCGCAGGGACCGUGGCGAUGGUGAAGGAGACGCAGUUCUACGACGUCCUGGGCGUAAAGCCGAGCGCGGCGCCCGAGGAGAUCCGCAGGGCCUACCGGAGGCUGGCGCUGCGCUACCACCCCGACAAGAACCCAAGCGAGGGCGACCGGUUUAAACUCAUAUCCCAGGCCUAUGAAGUGCUUUCAGACCCAAAGAAAAGGGAGAUUUAUGACCAGGGCGGGGAACAAGCGAUUAAAGAAGGAGGCUCGGGCAGCCCCAGCUUCUCCUCCCCCAUGGACAUCUUUGACAUGUUCUUUGGUGGCGGAGGACGGAUGGCAAGAGACAGACGAGGCAAGAAUGUUGUGCAUCAGUUGUCAGUAACUCUGGAAGACUUGUAUAAUGGAAUCACCAAGAAACUGGCCCUCCAGAAAAAUGUAAUUUGUGAGAAGUGUGAAGGCGUUGGUGGGAAGAAGGACUCUGUGGAAAAAUGCCCGCUGUGCAAGGGGCGGGGGAUGCAGAUCCACAUCCAGCAGAUCGGGCCGGGCAUGGUGCAGCAGAUCCAGACUGUGUGUGUGGAGUGCAAAGGCCAGGGUGAGCGCAUCAACCCCAAGGACCGGUGUGAAAAUUGCAGCGGUACCAAGGUGAUCCGAGAGAAGAAGAUCAUUGAGGUACACGUGGAGAAAGGUAUGAAAGAUGGGCAAAAGAUACUAUUUCAUGGCGAAGGAGACCAGGAGCCUGAGCUGGAGCCUGGCGAUGUCAUAAUUGUGCUUGAUCAGAAGGAUCAUAGUGUCUUUCAGAGACGAGGCCACGACUUGAUCAUGAAAAUGAAAAUUCAGCUUUCUGAAGCUCUUUGUGGCUUCAAGAAGACGAUAAAAACACUGGAUGACCGAACCCUUGUUAUCACAUCCAGACCAGGUGAGGUGAUAAAGCACGGGGAACUGCGAUCUGUGCGCAACGAGGGGAUGCCUAUCUACAAGGCCCCCCUGGAGAAGGGGAUGCUGGUCAUACAGUUCCUAGUGACCUUCCCUGAGCAGCACUGGCUGUCCCCAGAGAAGCUGCCACAGCUGGAAGCCCUGUUGCCCCCACGGCAGAAGGUGCGGGUCACAGAGGACAUGGAGCAGGCGGAGCUGCAGGAGUUCAGUGCCGGCGAGCAGGGCUGGCGCCCACAGCGUGAGGCCUAUGAGGAGGAUGAGGAUGGGCCCCGCGCUGGAGUGCAGUGCCAGGCAGCGUGACGCGGGAGCAGUGUAACGUUGGCACAAUGAAAUGGUGUCCUGUAACAGCUGUGUCUGGGGUGUCCUGUGUGUGUUCAGCGUUCUCCAUGGCGGAGUGUCUUUGGGUUUCUUUUGGUUCUGAUUUGUUAUGUUUGGUUUACAUUUCAAUGUUUUAUGUGUAAAUCACUUCAGUCUGCCCAUGGAAUCUGUUGGUCCACACCUCCAGGACUGUCCAGGGGAUGCUGGUUACCACACUCACACUUUGUGCUUCUGGUGGCUUUGCUGUUAUUCAGCUUCUGGUAGUACUCAGCCCAGAGCCACACACAUCCCCCCUUGCAGGCCAGGAGGUACAGUGGGUAUUGCGGCUGUGUCUGCAAAUGCUUUCUCACCCUUGCGCCCCAGCAGUUGCUGAAGGCCUGCAUGCAGGGCUGCUGAUAGGCCAUUUCUGAGUCCAGGCUCCAGACAAAUGUCUGCAUGAACACAUACACGGGGCUUCACGGCCCUAGUCCACACCAACCAGACUGUGCUUGGGUGCGGACCUAGCCUAGUCCCUUCACUUGGUGCGCCUGGAUGGUUGUUGUGGGGCAAGAGUCUACUCACCUCUCCUGAGAUUCUCUGAACUUCCCAAGCUCCUCGGGAGGACAAACCAGUGUCUUAAGCGGUCGUGGAUCCACCAUUUGUCUGUGACCCUGCCCCAGUUCUCUGGCUUUCAUGCUCUUUUGUUGGAAUCCCUGCAACCCCAUCCCACCCAAGUGCUUACUUGAAAAUGAAACUCUCCUGGCAGCCUCAGGCAGCAGCAAGGGGCGAAGAGAGGUCACUGGUCUGAGCCAUGCAUGGUGGCUUCUGCCUGGUGACCCCUGGUGACUUGAGGGCUAGGAAGGCACAGAAUGUCCCAGUGUCCCUCUCAUGUUCUUCCAGCUGGGCUCCUUACUGAAGGAUUGUUCCUUACCUCACAGCCAUAUCCCAAAGGGUGUCCCGCUGAGGUGACCUUGGUGGGAACAGGCAGGCUCUCAUGGGGCCUCAUCCAUGUGCACUCCCGCUGCUGCCGGCUGGUGCAGGGCACAUUAGCCAUGGCCUCCUUCCUGGUAGGUAGACCAUAGCUCGAAUUAGCAUUACCUCAACUUCAGGCCAUCACUGCUCCUUUCUUUCCAGUCAUGAAGAGGAACUGCUACCUUUGAGCUGUCAGGUGGGCCCUUAUCUGAUCACAUGGCACCCAAGUCAAACCCAGACAUGGACCCCCAGGUGGGCCACAGGGCAGGCCACAGGGUGACCAGGUUCCAGAAGCACUGCUGGCUGGGGGACAUAGCUGCUCCAGUAGAGAGAGCCCACCUGUGCGUGCCUCAAUCACUGGUCAGGAGACUGAAAGCCGAUUCUUCCAAUCAAGCCUACAUGAAAAUCAACUUUAAAUGGACCACCUCUCCAGGGUGCUGCUCCUGUGCCGUGGCUUCCUGAUAAAUGAUUGCUGGAGAAAUACUGUUUAGUUGGCAAUGGAGCAAAAUUACACUCAGCUCCUUCCUGUCACAUAAGUGGCCUCUGGAAGGUGUUGCUUCAGAUUUUAUUCCAUCUCUAUAUCUGUCACUUUAAAAUUAAAAUGGAGCUGCUAUGAGAGACAA